AUGGCCAAGGGCGCGCGCCACGAGCUCAGGAGCAAAGGCAAGGGCGUGCAGAAGACCUACGGCAAAGGGCGGGACCGUACGCGCGCCGACAAACCGAAAUUGAUCGAGGACCCGGAGCUGGAGGAACAGGUGCUUAGGAACCAGCUCAGAGAGGCAGGGCUCUACGCGGCGAACGUCUUGGGAGAUGGGAACUGUCUCUUUCGCGCACUCUCCGACCAACUCUACGGUUCGCCCUCGAUGCACCUCGCAAUCCGGCAAGAAGUCUGCGACUACCUCUCCUCGCAUCCGGACCGCUUCCGCCUCUUUGUCGACGAAGACUCCGUCCCGGGCGGCUUCGACGGCCACGUCCGCUCGAUGCGUCAGCCAGGAACCUACGGCACCAACAUCGAGCUCUCAGCCUUCGUAGCACGCUACCGCCGGCCCGUCAAGAUCUGGCAACCCAACUUGAUCUACGUCAUGCCCGUCGAGGAAGGCUCAGCCGACUCUGCCGCCUCGGGUAGUGCCGAAGGGUCGGGGAAGGAGAAGGUGUUGAGUCCGAGGGAGAAGAGGGCGAUGGCGAGGGCUGAGAGGGAGAAGGAGAAAGAGCGUGAGAAAGGUGCGAAGGGCGCGAAGGGGAAACAACCUGCCAGGGAGGAGAAGGCGGAGGAGGAGGAGCGGGAGAGUGAAGAGGACGUCCCGCUUUGCAUCGUCUACCACUCCUGGGAGCACUACUCAAGCUUGCGCAACUUGACCGGACCGCAUACUGGGCCGCCUCGCCUGCGAGUGGACCGCGUCGGUUCUGCGCGACCCGAAGACCGACGGACGGCGUCGAAGGAGCCUGAUGCUGAGGCGGAAGAAGCGGUCGACGAGGACGAGCCGAUGGAGGACGAGUCGCCCUCUCGGCCACCAUCUCCGCUUGCAGACGGUCCGCCAAGUCGACUGCGCCUUCCAGACCGACAGUCCGCCUCGUCCGCCCCUCCGAUUCUCGACCUACCGCAUCCUUCCCGCCUGCCUCCUCUUCCAACCACCUCCCGUCCGCGCAGUCCGCCUCCCGCGAUCCCCUCUUCCUCCGGCCUCCUCUCCCCUCCGCAUCCAUCAGUUCACGAGCGCGCCAUCGCCCUGCCUCUCCCGCCUUCCCCUCGGCCCUCAUCACCAGCCGACUCCUCCUCCUCCGGCACCUCGACCGGCGUAGCGAGUUCCUCCUUCGGCUCCUCAGCUCCAAGCACAGUCGCCUCCUCCAUCCGCGAUCGAAGCAUGUCCCCUUUCCCUCCCUCUCAGGGCAGCAAGACAGGGUAUGCGGUGACGGAGGAGUCGCCUCUGCACGACGAGUUCCACCACGGCGAAGGCGAUGAGGAGGAGACAGACUCGUCUGAUGCGCAUCGGGAUAAAGUCCGCUCUCGCUCUUCGACGGGGAAGGAGAAACUUCGGCCGCCUCCGAGGACGCGGAGGGGUCCGAGUGCGAAGGAGAAGAAGGAGCUGGCGCGGCAGAGGCGGAUGGAGAGAAGGCGAGCGAAGGGCGUUGGUGCGAGUGGUGGAGUUGCGGACGGGUCGAGCGAUAGAGUGCUCAGGAGCGCGGGACCGGCGUCUGAUGCCGGACUCGCCAAGGUCAGAGAGCUGUACAUCUAG